UGUUUGUUUGUGUUGAGAGGCUGAAAAUGGCGGAGAGAGGAGAGAGAUACGACAACUUGACUACGCGAACGCCACUGCGCCGUCUUCGCCAAGCAAGGAGCGCUUGCGAGUGACACGCCGGGCUCCCCACCACCACCAAAUCCACCACCAGCCGCCGCCGCCGAGAGGACUCCUAGUCUGACGGGGAUACCUGGACGAAGGCGGUGUGGAUUAGCCAGGCUGGCUAGCAUGCUAUGCUAGCCGCGCUAGCAGCCUGACGUUGAGGCUUCAAGUCGUGUGUGAUUUUUUUCCCUCCCCUCCACCUCCUCCACGCAGGCUUGUUUGUCAACACACGCCGAUCUUAAGUUGUUAGCCAGCCAGCUGGCACCAGCAACACACUUACUUGUGCUUGCAUUCUGCGUGACGUGCGUGGAUGCAUGUGUCAGCGGAUGCUGCUGCCGAGCACAAAGUUAUCAAUGUAAACUUAUAGCAGCGGACACUAAAAGCAGCAAGUUAACUUAGCUGCUUUGCUAACUCUGCUAGCUGGCGGUGUUGGACGCCCAGCGGGAGGCGGCUACUUCUUGUGGGAUGUAACCGAGGAGCGGCAGGAGCCCACCUGGAGGUUUGUUCGGCCAGCGAGCGGCACAUAAAAAAACAGGUGCAGGCUUCCCUGCUGUGCCUGUGAUAAUGCCAUGUGACGGAGCGACUGUGGAGCCGUAAGCCUGCCUCCGCCACUCCACUCCAUCUACGAGAAGCUCUCCCAGUCUCGCCUUCUUGCUUUGUCGCAGCUGUGUGCCCUGGACGCGGCCGGCCGCCACAUGACUCAUCCCCUGGAGACCUAGACCACAUAGGUCAAUUCUAGCUGAAAAUGAGUGCAGUCGGGGAAAGCCCCCUUGACCCUGACACGGCAGAGUCACGCAAGAGGAAGGGCUCACCAUGCGACACGUCUGCGCAAAGUCUGGAGAAGCGCAGACGAGAGCUGGAGUGUCGCUACAUCUGCGAGCUGGCCGAGCUGCUCUCUUCCAACAUGGGCGACAUCGCCAGUCUCAGCGUCAAGCCUGACAAGUGCCACAUCCUCAAGAGCACCGUGGAGCAAAUCCAGCAGAUGAAACGGCGCGAGCAGGAAAAAUCGGCUCUUCAUUCUCCGGAUGAUGAGGUGCAGAAAAGCGACAUCUCCUCCAGUAGCCAGGGCCUGCUGGAGAAGGAGGCCCUGGGGCCCAUGCUGCUAGAGGCCCUCGAUGGCUUUUUCUUUGUGGUGAACCGGGAGGGACGCAUCGUCUUUGUCUCUGAGAAUGUGAUAAGUUACCUGGGAUACACGCAGGAGGAGCUGAUGGCCUCCAGUGUCUACAGCAUCCUUCACGUGGGAGACCACAACGAGUUUGUCCGCAAUCUGCUGCCCAAAAGUCUGGUAAACGGUGUGCCAUGGCCUCAGGAACCAGGCCGAAGGAACAGCCGCACCUUCAACUGCCGCAUGCUGAAGAGGCCGCCCGACGAGGUGGACUCUGAGAACCAGGAGGCCCGGCAGCAGUACGAGAUCAUGCAGUGUUUCACCGUGUCCCAGCCGCGGGCCGUGCAGGAGGAGGGAGACGACCUCCAGAGCUGCCUGAUCUGCAUCGCCUGCCGUAUGCCUCGCACCCAGCCUGUCAGCACAGAGUCUUUCAUCACCAAGCAGGACACCACAGGGAAGAUCAUCUCCAUAGAAACUAGUGCUUUGCGAGCGACAGGCCGGCCUGGCUGGGAGGACCUUGUCAGGAAGUGCAUCUAUGCGUUCUUUCAGCCCCAAGGCAAAGAGCCCUCCCACGCCAAAAAGCUGCUGCACGAGGUGAUGACCCACGGCACGGCCAUCAGCCCGCUGUACCAUUUCACGAUAAGCGACGGCACGCCACUCAGUGCUCAGACCCGCUGCAAGUUCUGCUGCCCCCCAAACCCAGAUGUUCAGCCCUUCAUCAUGGGCAUCCACACUAUUGACAGGGAACACAACACUGCUAGCUCUCAGGAAAACACUAACCCCAGCCUUCCGCCAACCCUCGGCAGCCUUGCCCAGACGCCCUCGCGCUCACCGGUCCUCGCUGCUGGCAGCAACUCAACACAAACCUCAAGCUCCGUCGCCACCGCCACCGCCUCGGGCCUUCACCUCAGCAACAGCAACGUCUCCCCCCAAGGACUAAACCCCGCCGCACCCACGGGAUACCUGACGCCAGGUCGGACGCGACCCCAGCAGGGUAACAGCCCUUCGCCCUUAAGCAGCCCUGUCACAGCCACCCCUACCUCUUUUAUUUCAUCUGCCAUGCCACGGGCCAGUCCUGGUUUAGGAGGGAGUCCUCGGGUGCCAGGCCUCCAUUCUCCAGCUGGAGCACUGAGCAGACAGCAUUCUGGUGGCGAUGGUGGUGACGGUAGUAAUGGCGCCAACACUGCUCCAAAAGGACCCUUCUCCAGACAAGCCGGUACACCCACCGGCUCCUCCUCUCGGUGUGGAGCGGAGGGAGGGGUAGAGGACUCUGGGAAAGCCCCCGUACCCUCUUCCUCACCACUGGGUAAUCUCAGACUCAAUCAGCCCCUGGACAGCAAUGGCACAGGAGUUGAAUCCGCCAACAGCGGUGUCCAUUGCACCUCGUUGCCUCACGCCAAACCCUCUCCAGGUCCGCAGUGUCCUGCCUCCCACAGCACUCUCACAGAACGACAUAAGAUCCUACACAGACUGCUCCAGGACAGCAGUCCCAGUGAUUCCACUGCCACCACCACCACCUCCUCCUCAGAGGAUGGAAUAAACAGAAACGAAUUGGAGAUCAAGAAGGAGCCGCCAUCGAGUCCGGUGGUGAGCAUGGCAUCGCUCAAGUCCGGUUCUAGAGAGCCGCAGGACCACCAGUUGCUCCGAUUUCUGCUCGACACUGAUGAGAAGGACCUGGGAGACCUGCCUCCUCCCUCAGCGCUCAGCCUGCAGACCGUUCGGGUGAAGGUGGAGAAGCGAGCGACUGGCGAAGCGUGCGUGGUGACGGGUGGCACAGCGAAGACCGCAGGUGUCUCCAGCACCUCGACUUGCGUCAGCCCCAAGUCGGGCCUCGCAGGGGAGAUCCGCCGAGACAGCCGCAGGAAUAGCCGAGAGUCCACGAUGUCCAGCGGACCUGCUGACACUGACCACCUCACCCAGCUGCUGCCUGGCAUGAGAGGCCCAAGCGGCGCCAAGCAGGGCUGUGACGACUCAGCCGCCCAGCCCCCGGCUCAGCUCCAGUCCCCGGGACCUUCCCUCCAGUCCCCCUUGUCCCUUCCCCACUUGCAGUCCCCGUCACCUCAGCUCCCCUCCCCCUCCCCCCAGCUCAUACUACAGUCCCCCACUCAGCUCCAGCCUGGCGAGGCCAGUGCUCCACGUGGUGUAAAUGUGAAGAGGGAGCCUCCUGGCACUCCCAACAGAGGCCACAAUGACGGCGGCCCCGCUUCAGGCUGCAGUCUCCAGAGUCAGUCAUCUUUCGAGUUCUGCAGUCCCCCGACUCCCAGCCAGACCCAGGGAGACCUCUUCCAGACUUCCAAAGACAGCAGCCCUUUCCCCGAGGCAGAAAUUAUCAAUCCAUUCAGUUCAAGCACUGGCCCUAGCAAGUUGGACUUGGCUGACUCUCAGUUCCAGCCUCUAACAUUGUCCUUCGACGCCCUCGGAACCCCGUUACAAGCGCCCCUGGCCUCACCCCAAGAGCAGUGUGUGCCCUGUACACUGGAUGAAGUCCUGGGCCCGCCCACCACACCUGAGGCCCGGAACGAUGAGAAGGCUCUGCUGGAGCAGCUCGUCUCCUUCCUAAGCGGGACAGACGAGAGCGAGUUAGCUGAGCUGGACAAAGCCCUGGGUAUUGAUAAAUUAGUCCAGGGCGGCUGCUACGACCCCAUGCCUCAAAGCUUCCCCACUCAGCAAGUCACUGCUACCCCGGUGUCCCUGGACCCCAAGCUGCCCUCCUACCCUUCCCAGUUCACGCCAGGUCCACCUGCUCAGUUCCCCCUGGAGUUGCAGGCCACCGUGGGGCAGCAGGGUCUGGGCUUUGGAGCCGCCCGAGGGCCGUUCCCAAGCGGGACGCCCGCUGUAGGCCUAAGGAUAGGGAUGACCCGUACGCAAGGGACGGGCACCCAGCUCAGGCUGCCUCCCAACCAGCUUCGACUGCAGCUGCAGCAAAGACUUCAAGGUCCUCAGCAGCUCCAGAGCAGGCUGGCGAUGAACGCCUUUCCAGGAGGAGGGCAGCACGUCAACAUGGGGGUUCGUCUGGGGGCCCAGCAACCUCAAAUUCCUUCGCAACCUCCACUGAACGCCCAGAUGCUAGCGCAGCGUCAGCGGGAACUCUACAGCAUCCAGCAUCGCCAGCGCCAGCUUUUCCAGCAGAAGGUCAUGUUGAUGAGACAGAACAUAGGUGCCGCCGGGCCCACCGGAGCCCCCAGGGUCCCGAAGGGCGCCACCGCCAACACGGCUGCGCCGCUGCAGCAACAGCAGUUCAACUUCCCUGCCGGCUACAGUCCGGUGUCGGGAAACCCUCCUACCUCACCCAGUCACUACAGCGGUCCCAUGCCGGGGGGCCCUCUGGACAGCAAACUGCCCACCGGUGUCGCUCUAAAUAGCCAGACGUUACUGGGGGGCGUUCAAGCCCAGUUCAGCGGUGCCGUCAACUCCUCAUUGCAGCAAAGUCUGAUGCAACAGUUUGGGGGUGCUGCCAUGGUGCAGCCAGAAACGCCUUUCCCCACAGAGAUGAGUCCCACCAGUCCCUUGUUGUCGCCUCAGAACCCCACCUCCCAGAGUCUUCUGCUCCAGCAAGCCCCGCCUCCUGGGUACCAGUCUACGGACAUGAAGAGCUGGCAGCAGGCCAGCGUCGGCAGCAACAAUCUGUUCAGUCCAUCGGCGCAUGGUGCAGGACAGACUUUUGGCCAGCAGGGGGUGUACAACAACAUGAGCAUCACUGUGUCCAUGGCUGGGGGCUCUGGCAGUGUGGAAUCUUUACCUCCCAUAGGGCAACCUGUUGUGGGCUUGAACAGCAGCAGCGCGGGCUCUGUGUGUAGCGAGCAGCAGGUGCAGCAGGUGCAGGUAUUCGCGGAUGUCCAGUGCACCGUCAACCUGGUGGGGAGCGACUCUUACCUGAAUCAAGGCACCAUCACUGCCGCCACCGCUGCCCAGAAGGGACCCGGACCGCAGGGCGCCCAGACCAGCCAGGCCCAGCAGAAGAGCCUCCUGCAGCAGCUGCUCACAGAGUGACGACACCUCCUCCUACUGCCCCAACUUUGGCGCUGCUGCUCCCUCUUCACUUCUACGCUGAUGCACCGGACCCAUUGCUGUCUCGGCCUCACCUUUUAGGACAGACGCUGGGACGGCGGCGCCGCCGAUUAACGGCGGUCUAGCUGUGGGUGGAGUUGAAACGGCUCGACCACUUUCCUGCCAGUCUUCUGAGAAGAAGAGCCUGGAGUCAGAAGGAUGAGCAGUUUGUUUGAAGCUGCCUGUCGAAUCUGUCUGACAACCUGUCUGUAUGCCUCAGCCUAUUGAAGGCAGUGUUGUCUCGCUGCUCAUUUCCCCGCUCACCUACUUCCUGCUCCCGCACGCACCGCCCCCUCCAUUGAGUUGUGGUGCGGGAGUGCCUCACGCGGCAGCACCUCUCUGGCUUUUCAUUUGUUUGUUUGUUUUUUUUUGGUUUUGUUUGGUGUUCUGUCUACCUGUCUCUCAGCGAUGUGGGAAUGUCAACGGUUUGCGACCUCAGCGGCAUUGUGGGAUAGAAGCUCGGUAUCAGCUGGUUCUGCGACGGUCCCUCUCUAUCAUCUACAGUGCCUGGUGGAAGUUUGAGUUUUGUUCCCAAGCUCUGCUUCUUCUUCUUCAACACACUAUUGCGUCUUCUUUUUUUUUUAUUUGAAAUGUCUUUUAUUUUGUAAAACUUCUGCUCUCUUCAUCGUCAUCAUCUUCAUCUUGACGCUCAUCAGAACAAGCUUUGACAACAGCUCGGACGGACGGACGGGUGGAUGGAUGGGAGACAGACGGGAUGCUGCUCACUUUGGAACUUUUGUGUUUUUCUCUUAUUUUUGUUUUUAUUAAGUAUAAACAAGACUCUGUUUGGAUUAUUUAACUGUCAUUUUAGCCCUCAACUCAGCAGCUGUGAAUACGAGGCCCGCUCGGCCUCUCUUUCUCUCUCUCUCUCUCUCUCUCUCUGUGUCUCCCAUGCUAACUCGCCCUAUCAGUGUUGUUUGCCAUGCAGCCGUGUAGUAUUGUUGUACAGUACAGAAGGACAAAGACUGGCUGCCCUCGAAAAAAAAAAAAAAAAAAAACAGUUGAUGACUUGGCAGCAGCAAAACCUUGUUAAAUGUGAUUUUUGUUUUAUUUCUAUUAACCUCGCCCCCGACCCCGGCCUUGCCCCACACCCUCUCUGAGCAACAACUUUUCCCCUACCUCGCUAUUUUUGUUUCUUAUGUACUUUUAAUUCCCCCUAGCAAACAUGUCAUUGUAUGCGUAUGUAUAGACAACAAUAACGCCUUCAAACUUUGCGUUACCAUGACCACACCCCCUUCUGGUGAUGCUAGUAAUGGUACUCGCGGCCAAGGGGGGCGCAUUGGUGAUGGGUGCUCGGGCUGGUCAACAAAAACAUUCUCUCACUCAGUGUAUUAUCUUUCUGAUUUCCUGAAUGAUCUUAUUGAAGCCCCCCCCCCCAAUAUGACGCCAAUAGGGCUCUGCUACCUGCACACAUAUGCAAGAAUCCACAUUCCACCCAGCAGAACCACAUGACUUCAGAAUCACUUUGUUUUAAGCAGCACUGUGUGCAGCCAAGCUUGGAAGAACUCAUAAUACGUCACAAUUAGGGGCGCAUAAAAAUUAUUGGUCCAAUAUGAAGGGAAUUAUAAUGUCAUAUUGAUCAAUCAGAGAACAUUAAAAGUAGCUACGAUAACCGAUAAUUUAAAAAAAAAAUGCUCCAAUGAGGCGAGAUUGCCCGUGUGGUGCAGAUGAGCAAAUCGAGCGCUCCUUUUUUCUCCUGCCUGUAACGUUAACGACCUGUCGGAAUUUCCCUGAGCUCAGUUGUAAACAAACAUUCACUUUCCGAGGAAGACAUUUCAUGUGGUAGGUCUACCAAAUGCUCCGCGAUGAGGGGGGGAAAAAAAGAUCCACCGAGCACACCUGAAACACCAGCGCCACAGCGUUUGAAAAGCGCGGAAGGUUUGCCAGAGACCUCCGUGGCGUCACACCGGCUGCUCGGGAGCGUGUGCCUGAAUACAGUGCACCUUGCUGGGCCACAGCAGGUGGCUCCCUCCGCUCUACACUCUGGUUCUCCUGAUAGUAGUGAUUUGGUAGUAGUAAUGUCAUGAUAUUUCAUUAGGACAAAUCAACAGGUACAGUUGGUCAAAUCCUAAUCUGGUCCAGUCCUACUUACCUCCAGGUGUGCACAAACUACACUUAAAUCAAAAUGUUAAAAAAAAAGUAGAUACAGUAUCAGUUAUCUGUACCAUAUCGGUCUUGAGAAGCAGAAUUAUCAGUUAUCGGUUUGGGAAAAAAGAUAUCGUGCAUCUCUAGUCACAAUCAGAGUGUUGCAUAACUGAUAAAAGAUUACUGUUAAUCUUGUCAAAACCAUAGUUGAUUGAUCUAAAAUAUAUAUAUAUAUAUAUUGUUGAAAAGUGGAAAAAAAAAAUGUCCCAAAAUAAAAAAUAUUUGACUUAAUUCUUUUUUUUUUUCAAAAUAGAAAAAUACUUUUUGAAAUGUUUUUUGACAUAAAAAAACCCAACUAAAAUAAAUUGGUUUAUUUUUCCAAUAGUCAAAUGUCGUUUAAAGGGAAUGCCAUUUAAAUGUCUGUGCACCCCAUUUGAGGCCGCGUACAAAUUAAAACACAAUUUCAAUCAAAACUUGGAUUUGCAACAAAUUUCCAACAUUGUCUUCCUUGGCCUACGCCCCUCCCCUUUUAUAAAGUCCAGGUGGUCCUCGGGUUCUGUUCCUAGACUCGAAUGUAAGUCCAGUUUUAGUGUAAGUGGGAACUUACACGCACAUAAAUUAUUCCUAAAUGAAUCCUAAAUCACUUGCACUGUACGUAGAACACAUGGAAUAUCAAGUACAGUCACAAAGAGACAAAAUACAGGAAUGAAAUUAAAUCCUUACUUUUAUCCCAGUGGUUGUUCUACCUCCUUAAAAAUAUUGCCUCGGGCAAGACUGGAAGGACAACUGCUUAUCCUCCCAGAUGUCCUUGUAACAGCGCACCGAAUCCACGACCCCUCGAGCAUCAUCUUUCACCACAGUCCAGCGGCCAAUAUUGGUGGGCGUGUCUCCUCUGCCUGGGCUUUUUAUGGUCAUUUUAACUUCUGUGGCAGUGGCUUUCCUUUUCUUUGGCACACUGGUGCUUGGGAGACAGUUUUUGAACUUUUUGAAGCGCAAAAAGUGAACUAAUAAGCAAUGUUGUUCUUAUUGCAGCUGAGCAGGCAUACACUGUAGUCAAAAUUAGGUUUUUAAUUCAUACAUGGGAGUGCGUCCGUAAGCACAGAACGUUAUGAAAGGAGGACCACCUGUAGAGAUGUUUGCUGGUUUUUGCGUAAUUCUGCUCAGCAGCAAACAUUUGGUGGAAUGUUGCGAUAGGUUAUUGGUUAGGCAAGCGCUAAUGCGAUAAAUGUUUAUGAUGGUGGUAAUUUCCAAGCGCUGGGCUGCACACACACACACACACACACACACACACACGUACGUAUGUCUGGUUCCUAACAAAGAUCAUGGCUGCAGCGUCUCUCAUUCCCAGUCCUACCUCAGACUACUUUAUUUCAUUACCUCAUCAUCAUCUUUUCCAAACGUUUGGCUGUUUUGGACCUCGUUUCACACUGUGAACUCGGCUGGCUGGCUUUUUAUUUGUUUUAUUUUUUGUUGUUGUUUCAUGCAGUACAUCCAGGAAACCAUAAUGUGCCCUUUGACCUCAUUUUAGGGCUUUCCCAAACUUCUUUUCCUCCGGACUCCAUUGCAAAUGCAACUUUCUACAAUGCGUCACAUGUUGGCGUAGUAUGGAUUUACACUCAAUGGUAGGGGUGUCCAAACUUUUUCCACGUGGGUGGGGGGCUACUUUGAUCCAUUUUGUAUGUUAAAAGCAAUCCAGUGUAGGCCAAUAUAGCUGACAAAGCAAAUUAAUAUAGCGUUUAUCUGAUUAGUAAUGAGCUCAUUUUAUUUUCCAAUAUGCUGAGGGCCAAUAAAAAACGAGCUGCAGGGGGAAAUGACCCCCGGGGCCUCACUUUGGACACCCCUGCUUCACAUAAAUGUAUGAUAAACACAGAAGCCGUUAAUUUAGUCCGAGAAAUGAUGAAGAAAGUAGCUUACAAUGUUUUUUUUUUUAGGACAAUCGCCCAGCUGACAAUAAUGGAACCCGCCACCACCCCCCCCUGCAAACCCAGCUUGAGAAGUUCUUUUUAAAGCCUUGCGUGACCUUUUCAGGACCUUUUCCACUCACAUCAUCUCUAUGCUUUGUUAUUUGGGUUUUUUUGUUUGUUUUAACGUACCGAUAGUGAAAGUUUGACCUGGAGGUUGUGCUGUAUGGACAAACAUAUUGGGACAGGAAGUGUUCCCAGCAGUUGAAGACUUCCCACAAGACUUCGGAGUGUGUCCGUGCCAGUUUUUGUCCAUUUGCGAGGUCAGAUGUCACUGACGCUGCACCUGACGGAGGGACUAGCUCGCGCACGGUGUUCUUCCACACCAAACUCACCCACGCGCACCCAAAGUGUCCCUAAUAUUCUGUUAGGAUGAAGAUUUGAGAUCGAUUAAGAGGUGUGUGUCCCGAUACUUUUGCCCAUAGAGUGUAACUUCUGCAUCCUUGCAUCCUUGCCCCCCAUCCUCCUCCCAGUCCCGUCGUCUCGUUUGGUCCCAAAAACACACACAAAGUAGGAGGAUGUCUAUUUUUUUUUUGUUUUGUUUUUUUAUAUAUUCGUAAGAAGCACCGCUUCCCUGACUCUUUACCUGCCCCUCUGGCGCCCUUUUGACUUUUUCUGCAGGGAUGAGGAUCGCUUUCCUCUUUGUCACUCAACACACACACACACACACAAAAAAAAUGCCAAAAACGAAGCGAUGCAUGUUGAAAUUCCACGUUAUGCAACAGCUGCUCUGUGGAAAGGCCUCCCAACUCCUCCUCGUCCUCAGCAGGUACACGCUUUUUGUAACGGUGUUAAUGCGAUGUAAAUAAGGAGACAAAUGUGAAUAAUAAUAAUAAUAAUGAUGAAUCAUCAGACAAGUUAGUGCUCUAAGUUUGUGGUAAACAAUAGUAGCCUCUGUCGUUUAUUUUCCUCUCGAGGAUGUACGUGUGUGUAUAUGACUAUCAGUGAGCGUGUGCGUGCUACGCGAUGAAUACUGUACACCUGGUGGGCUCCGCCAUCUUCCUCCUGUCCUGCACAGUGCUCACCUGGGGGUGUGUGGGGGGGUGGGGGUCGUGUUUAUGCCAGCGAAUGGUUUCUAUAGCGACUGCUGAAUGUGCUUGUACUCAGAGACGGUAGAGCGGCGUGGACUGGCUUGGGUUGUAUUUUUUUAAAUGUACGGGUUAAUUGAAAAGAGAGGAGAGGCCAUAUUGUUAUUUUUUCUCUUCUUGCCGAUGAUGUGGGAGAGUGGAGCCUUGAUGUCACCCGGAAGCGCCCGUCUGACUUUUUUUUUUUUUUUUUGUGCAGUUUGUGAGUGACCAAAGCUUCAAGAAGACAGACUUCUGUUGUCAUCCCCGCCCUUAAAGUUAGCUAUGCACCUUCGCUCCAGCGACCGCCAUGAACAUCAGCUCAUUAACUUACUUACUACCAAACUGGAGGUACCUCGAGUAUAUUAAACACCGCAUAACCUCGUCAAUUACACACGAACGGAUUUUUUUUCCAAACAAAUUAUUUACGGUGGGACAGUAUAGUACGGUAGAACCUCGUAAUUCGUCCGAAACAAACUAAUGCGUUGCAAAAAGCCCAAAAUGUUAACACAAAACACGUUUCAAUAGUUUUACAUGCAAACGAUUAUAAGUGAUAAAUGAAAGAGAUAACGAUUGAAGACGUGAUUCAUGAGUUGACUGCAAACAGGAAUGCUGAACUGAAUGGUGGUGUGGUUGAUCUCGCUGCCACAUCGUGUCUUUGAAAACGUCUUCAAUAAAGGUGAAAGUAACCUUAAAUAUUAAUUAUCCCUUUCAUUCACCCUUUAUAUGCAUUUAGAAUCGCUUUAUGCAUGUAAAACUAAUUUUGAAACAAAACUUGUUUUGUGUUUACACUUUUGAGUCAAUCGCAGACUGCAUCAUGGACGGCCUGACGUUCGGUUCCGGUUGCCAGUUUGUUUAGCUAGCUAAUAGGAUGCUAACAAGGGAAGUCGUUUUGUGGUAAAAAAAAAUACAUGAAAACAUUUGGAUUCACAAGGUGGAUUAACAACACAAGACGCACGUCGUAUUGCACGCAUGAUUGUGUAAUUUUUCGACAAUCGAAAAACUCAUUAAUACUCUUAAUAGAUUUUUACAACAUGCCACAGGCUAUUAAAAAAUGAAAAUUGGCCCCUGGGAUGCACUUAGAACACUCUUAUAAGGGUUUAUGAAUUAUGUCUGUGUUUAUUGUUGGUUAAGAAAGACUCAUUCUUGCUGAAAAUUGUGCAUAGCUCAUUUUAUCGUUACUUGGGCAUUGGAAAUUUAAAAAAAAUUAUAAACGCUUUGUGAUGCGCGAUGCCUGCUUUCUUCUGUCUUCUUAAGGAGUUGUCUGUAAAUGAAAAGCAUGCAUCUGCAUUUUUCCUGUAUUUUCAAAUCCAAAACCAAGAAUUACUUUUGGAUAUAAUCAUGACUUUGUUUUCUCUAAAAUAUGACAAAAAAAAUAUGGUUUUGGGGGCUUAAAAGAGAAAUUUGCAGACACUUGCUUUUCAUCAGAUAAUGACUGCCGUCAAUGUCCAACCAAAAACACGUAUCUCAGUGCUUUCACUUACUAGAUCCAUUUUUCCAUCCAUCCAAUUUUUUUCACUUUUUCAAUCCACAAACAAAAAUGACUUUCCAUAUUUUUUUGGGGGUAGAAUGAAUAUAAUAAUUUUAUUUUGUUUUGGAAUACAACAAAAAUGUUUUUAGGGGGUCUAAAAAGAGAAAUUUGCAGAUACUUACUUUUCAUCAGAUAAUGACUACCGUCAGCGUCCAACCAAAAACACAUGUCUCAGUGCUUUCACUUACUAGAUCCAAAAACAAAAAUUAUUUUCUUCAUUUUUUGGGGAUAAAAUGAAUAUAAUAAAAAUUCAAAUUUCCUUUGAAAUGCAACAAAAAAUGUUUUUGGGCGGCUAAAAAGAGAAAUUUGCGGAUACUUGCUUUUGUCCAGAUAAUGACUGUCGUCAGUGUCCGAUGAAAUGCAUGUAUCUUCAUAAUUUUUUCAUGUUUUAAAUUCAAAAUACAUUCCUCAUUUUUAAGAAUAUAAUGACUUAUUUUUCUCUAAAAUAGGAAAAAAAAUGUUUUUUUUUUUGGGGGGGGGGGGGGGUAAAAAG